AUGGCUGGCCCGAAAUACACGAACGUCCCGCAGCGGGACUCGCUCGACGAGCCCUCUGGCUUCGCCCAGGCACCACCGAGCUACCAGGAAGCAUCAGACCCGACACGCGAAGCUCUCAUCUCAGGCGUGCCCAGGAGCGAGCAUGACAACUUGCCCGAUGACUUCAAGUUUGGAGGCGUGGUGGCAGAGGCGACGUUGGACAUACGCAUGGCCUUCAUCCGCAAGGUCUAUGCUAUCUUGACUGCCCAGCUCCUCGGCACAGCCGUCCUCGGCGGACUGUCGAUGAUGUCUGAACCGUACCAGAAGUUCAUCAAGGAGAAUCAGUGGCCCAUGUGGGUGUCACUCAUCGGAGCCUUCGUAUUCUUGGGCCUCACUUUCUGGAAACGCAAAUCGUACCCUACAAAUCUCAUGUUCCUCGCCGGUUUCACUCUCAUGGAAGCAUACUCGAUCAGCGUCGUGAUUGCUUUCACGGACAAUCACAUCGUUUUGCAGGCAGUCAUGUUUACGCUGGGCAUCUUCGUGGCGCUCAGUCUGUUUGCGUGCCAGACGAAGUACGACUUCACCCACUGGGCACCAUAUCUGUUUGGCGCACUGUGGGUGCUCAUUCUCUUCGGCUUCAUGUCGGCCUUCUUCCCGCACACAUCCACCAUGGAGCUUGGCUACGGCGUCGUGGCAGCCCUGAUCUUCUCUGGAUACAUUUUGGUCGACACGCAGUUGAUCAUGCGCCACUACCACGUGGAGGAGGAGAUUGCGGCGGCCAUCUCGCUGUACCUCGACAUCAUCAACCUCUUCCUCGCGAUCCUGAGGAUCCUCAACUCGCAGAACAACAACUAG